GUUCAGGAUUGGAACAGUGAAAUUCUAGCUAAACAGAAACCAUUGGUUCCCAAACCUUCAGCAAAACUGUACUUUGUAAAUCGAUUAAAAGGGAAAAAAUACAAAAACAUUACUUCUUCUAAAGUUCUUCAGGAUGCUAGUAACUCUAUUGACCAUCGAUUAAAUUCACAGAAGAAAAGCAGCUUAGAAGUCCCUGGAGACGAAGGAUUUUUUGACUUGUUGAGCCGAUUUCAGAGCAACCGUAUGGAUGAUCAGCGAUAUUGUUUCCAGGACAGGAACAGACUGACAGUGGCUGCUUCUGCCACCCCAUCCAGAAUUAUGCAAAAAUCCUUUUCUGCUUCAAUGCUCUCUCCACAUACGGAUGAAUUUUUAGAUAUGCUUGCUAGUUCUCAGAGUAGGCGAUUAGAUGAUCAGCGAGCCAGUGCCAGCAAUUUACCUGGACUUCGUCUUAAUCAGCAUAAUAGUCAGUCAGUCCUUGGUCACCUAAUGGCCAGCAAGAACAGCGAACCAGAUGAUGACUUCUUUGAUAUAUUAAUAAAAUGCCAGGGCUCUCGAUUAGAUGACCAGAGAUGUGAACCACCACCAAACAUUCCAAAAGGGCCAACUGUUCCCGAUGAAGAUUUCUUCAGCCUUAUUUUGAGAUCGCAGGAGAAAAGAAUGGAU